CUUCUAGAGCGCUUGCUUCAAUCGGUCCGUCCAACCGUCCCAUAGUGCCUAGCAGACUCCUUGCAUAGACGGCACAGAAACGGAAAGGACGAGAACUCAGGGAAAUCUCCAGCUUUCGAGCCCACAACAGAUUCAAGAAACGAAAAGCAUCCAGAACCCACGACGCAAUCGGUCGACACAGCUAUUCAGAUAUCAAAGGAGCUGCGUCUGAUAUGGCUUCCAAGACGACUUCUGCUCCAAGUCAACCUGACACGCGCAGAACGGUGCUGAUAACGGGCUGCUCGGCGCAUGGUCUGGGUCACGCAUUGGCGAUUGCGUUCCACAAAGCCGGACUGCGCGUCUUCGCCACGGCGCGCAACCCGGACAAGAUGGCCGGGCUGCAGGCGCAGGGGAUCGAGUGCCUCAAGCUGGACGUGUUGGACGAGGAGAGUAUCAAGCUGUGCGCCGGAACCGUCAGGGGCUUGACGAGGCGAGACGGCGAGGCCGAGGGGAGACUGGACUGUCUCGUCAACAAUGCCGGGGGAGGGUACAACAUGCCCGUGGCCGACAUCUCAAUCCCCGAGGCGAAAGCGCUGUUCGAUUUGAACGUCUGGUCCUGCAUCGCCGUCACGCAGGCAUUCCUCCCGCUAUUAAUCAACGCCGCCAAACCCAUUACCACCACCGCCACCAGAUCCAAAACCCGCGCGCACCCCCCGAGCCUGAUCCUGAACAACACGUCCGUCUCGUCGGUCGAGCCGACGCCGCACAACAGCGCCUACCACGCCAGCAAGGCUGCGAGCGCCAUGUUCUCGACGCACAUGCGCCUCGAGCUGCAGCCCUUCAACGUGCACGUGGUCGACCUCAAGACGGGCUGCGUGCACUCGCGCUUCCACGCCAACCACCAGGGCGGCCGCGCCAGCCUACCCGAGGGCAGCAUCUACGCGCCCGUGCGCGAGCAGACCGAGGGCGCCAUGCGCAACGCCUUCCCCGUCCGCGAGGACCCCGACAAGUGGGCCGCCGACGUCGUGCGCGAUAUCCUCACGCCCUGGGACAGGGCCGCCGCCACCUCCCCUUUCAGAAGCGGUGGCCUGCCGUUGGAGAUCUGGAGGGGCACGGGCGCCUGGAGCACCUGGUUCUACAACUGCACGUUCUGGCCCGUCGGCUGGUGGGAUGAGUGGUGGAGAAAGGCCGUGGGGCUGGAUCUGUUGAGGGAGAAGGUAAGGAAGAGUUAUGGCGCUUAGUGUGGGAAGGAAACGUAUGGGCGGAAGCGAAGGGUGCAUCUAGAGUGAAGUAACUCCAGCGGGAAAGAAGGAAAGCUUCCUUCAUUGUAAGGCGAAAUCUUCGCCUUGAUGGCCUCGCAAACGGUUCAUAUCCGCAAAUGAAGUCCGC